GGAUGGGUCUCUACCGCAUCCGAGUGUCCACCGGCUCCUCCCUGUGCGCGGGCUCCAACAACCAGGUGCAGCUGCGGCUGGUGGGCCAGCACGGGGAGGCGGCGAUCCGGACGCGCCUGAGGCCCGCGCGAGGCCAGGAGACGGAAAUCAAGGCGGACGUGCAGGAGUACCUGGGGCCGCUGCUGUUCGUGAAACUGCAUAAACGGCACUUCUUUCAGGACGACGCCUGGUUCUGCAACUGGAUCUGGGUGCAGGGCCCCGGGCCCAGUGGGGACGAGUUCAGGUUCCCAUGCUACCGCUGGGUGGAGGGCAGUGGCAUCCUGAGCCUCCCCGAGGGCACCGGCCGGACCCUGGGAGACGACCCUCAAGGUCUGUUCAAGCAACACAGGGAGCAGGAGCUGAAAGAUAGGAAGAAGCUAUACCGCUGGGGAAACUGGAAGGAUGGGCUAAUCCUGAACAUGGCCGGGGCCACCAUCAGUGACCUCCCCAUAGAUGAGCGAUUUCUGGAAGACAAGAAAAUUCAUUUUGAGGCUUCGCUGGCCAAGGGGCUGGCAGACCUAGCCAUCAAAGACUCUUUAAAUGUUCUGACUUCCUGGAAUGAUCUGGAUGACUUCAACAGGAUUUUCUGGUGUGGCCAGAGCAAACUGGCUGAGAAGGUACGGGACUCCUGGAAAGAGGACGCCUUGUUUGGGUACCAGUUUCUCAAUGGCACUAACCCCAUGUUGCUGAGGCGCUCCAAGCAGCUUCCUGCUCGCCUGGUGUUCCCUCCGGGGAUGGAGGAGCUGAAGGUCCAGCUGGAGAAGGAGCUCCAGAGAGGCACGCUGUUCGAGGCGGACUUCUCGCUGCUGGACGGGAUCAAGGCCAAUGUCAUCCUGUGCAGCCAGCAGCAUCUGGCCGCCCCUCUGGUCAUGCUGAAGCUGCAGCCUGAUGGGAAACUCUUGCCCAUGGUCAUCCAGCUCCAGCUGCCUCGCGUGGGAUCCUCCCCGCCGCCGCUUUUCCUGCCCACGGAUCCCCCGAUGGUCUGGCUCCUGGCCAAAUGCUGGGUCCGCAGCGCUGAUUUCCAGAUGCACGAGCUGCAGUCUCAUCUUCUGCGGGGACACUUGAUGGCGGAGGUCAUCACUGUGGCCACCAUGAGGUGCCUUCCAUCGAUACACCCUGUCUUCAAGCUUAUCAUUCCCCACCUGCGCUACACUUUGGAAAUUAACCUCCGGGCCAGGACCGGGCUCGUCUCUGACAUGGGAGUUUUCGACCAGGUGGUGAGCACAGGUGGCGGAGGCCACGUGGAGCUGCUCCAGCGAGCUGGAGCCUUUCUAACCUAUCGCUCUUUCUGCCCCCCCGAUGACCUGGCCGACCGGGGGCUCCUGGGAGUCAAGUCUUCCUUCUAUGCCCAAGAUGCCCUGCGGCUGUGGGAAAUCCUCGCUCGCUAUGUGCAGGGCAUCGUGCAUCUCCACUACAAGACGGAUGAGGCUGUGAGAGACGAUCUGGAGCUUCAGUCCUGGUGUGCAGAGAUCACUGAGGUCGGGCUGCUCGGGGCCCAGGACAGAGGCUUCCCCAACUGCUUGCAGUCCCGGGCCCAGCUGUGCUACUUUCUCACCAUGUGCAUUUUCACCUGCACCGGCCAGCACUCCUCCACCCACCUGGGCCAGCUGGACUGGUACUCUUGGGUCCCUAACGCGCCCUGCACCAUGCGGAUGCCCCCGCCGACCACCAAGGACGCCACCCUGGGGACAGUGAUGGCAACACUGCCCAACUUCCACCAGGCUUCCCUGCAGAUGUCCAUCGUCUGGCAGCUGGGCCACCGCCAGCCCAUGAUGGUGGCUCUGGGCCAGCACCAGGAGGAGUAUUUUUCAGGCCCCGGACCCAAGGCCGUGCUGAAGGAGCUCAGGAAGGAGCUGGAUGCCCUGGAGAAGGACAUCAAGACCCGGAAUGCAAAGCUGGACAUACCCUACGACUACCUGCUGCCCAGCCUGGUGGAAAACAGCGUGGCCAUCUGAGCACCGCCCCCCCCCCCCCCGAGCCACGCGCCAGCCCUCAGUGCUUGCCGUCCUGGCCCCCGCAGUGCCCACAUUGCCAAGAGUCCCCUUUCCAUGGUCUGUGCCCACGGUGGAUACAUUUUAUUCUAGACGCUCUACCCCUGCCUCCCUCAUCAUUCGGGUCUCCCCCCCGGGGGCAGAUAAUAGCCACGUUUAUAUAAACUGUUUCAAGAAUAGGAUAGGGGGUCCUUACAUGUCACUCCACACCCUUUAUGAGCCAGAUAUGAUUUUGAAACAAAAUCGAGUUUAAAUGGCAACAAAAAGGUAUGUUAGACAAUGAAAGAAAAGAAGUUAGAACAAACUAUCCUAAAGCAAAUAGUGGCCAAAGAACGUAGCCCAUCUUUUCUAAGUGGAUGGGCUUUAUCACACGUCCUGAAACCAGACCUAACACAGAGCAAACCAUUCACACAGCAAUUCUCAAGACUUUUGUCUCAUGGCUGACUUAGAAAGUGAUAAAUGGAAGAAAACGGGCGUCCAUAUCUAGAACCCAUUUGCGGUUCCCCAGUUGGAAAGCUCCAAAUGAAAAUAAUUAACCAGAGGGGCGCCUUGGCGUCUGCAUUUGGC